GUUGGCAUCCGUGCCCCAGGUGGUGGCCAGCCCAAAACGCUGGACAGUGGUCUGUUUUCCUGCAAAAUGAUAAAAAACUGAAUGAAGACAUUGCUCUUGAGCGGCUUGAGGCGGGUGGACGGCCAAUUGACCAACGCUUUUCGGUUCGCAGCCGCUGAAAAAAUCGAUUUCCCCACUCUAAUCGGUGGCAGCUGAGUCGGAAAACUCGGGUCCCGUUCUUUCGUUUGCACCAGUCGAAUGCACCUGUGCGAAAUCGGUCGGCCUACGUGUCAUUAAACACUCGCCCGAGACGAACUGACGAAAGAAACACUUGUCUUGGCUCGUUAAAAAAGCUUCACACAGGAUGACGUCACGCCGAGAAAUGCGUGCCGCCGAGUGAAAACAAAGGCAAUAUCAGAGAGCGUGAAAGACCGCGGCUGGCAGACAAGAGAUGAGGGCCGUCGUCAUCCUAUCGGUCCUCCUGGCGGCCCAUGCGGCCAAACUGGCUGGCAACAACAAUGAACCGACCCAACUUUACACUGUCAACGAUAAAGUGGAGCUACUGACCAACUUAACUUUCCGAAGCGCCGUCUACGAAAAGCCAAACGUUUGGCUUGUCGAGUUCUAUAACAGUUGGUGCGGAUUCUGCCAGAGGUUUGCACCAACCUGGAAGGAGGUUGCAGCUUCUGUUUAUCCUUGGAAGGAGAUUGUUACAGUUGGCGUCGUUGACUGCGCAAAGUUUGAAAACAACCCUCUCUGCCGCGACCUGGAAAUCAUGAGCUACCCUACCAUGAGAGUUUUUCCUCCCAUGACCAAACCUGGUGAAAUGGGCAUCGACUUGGAAGCUGAGAAAACGUUUACCAGUAUCAAGGCAGGUUUACUGGAGUUCAUUGAAAAGGAGCAACUCGAAGGAAAGGGCGUGCAGGGAUGGCCUACACUCACUCCCUACAGGAACAGCGAAGUGGCCAACAUUUGGGCACAAACUCCAAGUAGUGUUCAGCACAUCUUCCUGAUUUUUGAAGAGGUCGGAUCUACAAUGGGAAAAGAGGUCAUCCUGGACUUCCAUAAAGUCAAGAAUGUGCAAAUUCGUCGAGCCACAACCAACAACGAGGCUUUAGCCAAAUUAAUCGAGGUCUCAAACUACCCUGCAUUGGCAGUCUUGAAAAGGGACAUGUCCGUUGUACACGUGCUGCCAACCUCAAAGACAAGAGAAGGAUUUGCAGCCGCUGUGCAUGCCUUCCUGGCCCGUGAAGGAAUCAUUGAAGACGUUUCAGCCGUCAGAGACAUCCCACGAGAGACUGACCUGCUGAAAGGCAAAGUUGCUGCACCGAUCAAGACCAACUCUGAGAAGGUCCACAGUUUUCCUGAUGUUGUCUAUCAAGCAGAUUUGGAAAACACUCUUCGAUUCUCCUUAAAACAUGAGAUUGCUAUGCACAGAGUUAUUGCGGGAGAAACUCUAGAGGCGCUCAAGAUGUAUCUUCGAUCCCUGGCCAGUUUCUAUCCAACGAGGCCGCAGGGAACUAUGUUCUUGGAGAGGCUCAGGGACUGGGUUGAGGCCUCUGGAGACUCGAUCAGAGGAGAGGACUUCAUGCUCAGAAUUAACCAGUUUGAGAAGGAGUUCAACUUCAUCAUUCCAGAGAAUCAGGACUGGAUUGGUUGCCGUGGAAGCGAUCAGAAGUUCCGUGGCUACACCUGCGGUCUCUGGACAAUGUUCCACGCCUUGACUGUCAGCGCAGCGUCCCAGACAAAGAGAAGGGCCACUCCAGGCAGCGAGCUAGUUCUGCAGUCCAUCCUGCGCUACGUCCGCCACUUCUUUGGCUGCGCCGGCUGCUCAAAGCACUUCCAGGAGAUGGCCCGGAACCGGAAUUUGGAGGGGGUGCGCGGACUUGACGAAGCGGUCAUGUGGCUGUGGGAGGCGCACAAUGUGGUCAACAAACGGCUGAAGGGUGACGUCACGGAAGACCCACACCACCCUAAGAUCCAGUUUCCAAACGUCCUGUCCUGUUCGAGUUGCAAAGUCGAAGGUGAGGAGUGGGACCGCGAACAGGUUUUGCGCUACGUCAAAGAGCGCUAUGCCAAGAACAACAUCUGCAACCAGGACGCCGACUCGGCCCACAUGUGUGCUCCAGUGGCGGAAAACGUGGUAGCACUGAGACAGUUGGACCAAAGGACAAACUUCUUCGAUGAUGAAAAUGCCCAGCAAGGUUCAAGUGAGUUCAACUAUGCAGACAUCUUCCUCUGUGUUGUGCUCUACCUUGUUUCGGCCGUGGUUUUGGUUCUUGGUUAUUACAAGUUCAUUUAUAGACGGGGCUACAAGAUGAAGUACAAUGUGAACUGAAAUUUAAUUUUGUUCUGCCUGCGAGUUCGGGCACGAGAUUCUCUGUGAUCUUUUUUUAAUACCAAACACUAAACACACACAUCAUUCCACUUGUGAAUAUUUUCCCAUUUUCUAUUUUAGUCAAGUUAAAUGAAAUGAAUUAUUGUCAAGGUACUCCUGGUGCGUAGAUAAUCAAUCAGCAUUCCGUUGUUAAUGAGAUAAAUGAUGAGCGUGCAAUUAAACUAAAUGCCUUUGUUGCUGAUCUCGACGUGUGGAUUAAAUUUCUAUUGCAAACAACACCGAGUGUGACUCAAGUGCAAAAUUGAUUAUGUAUUUUAUCUCUCAAAGAGUGCUUCUGUCUUUGCAGAAGAAUGCGCAGCUAUUUUUAAAUGUAGAGAGAGAGAGAGAUCUUUGGUUUACGGUGGAGAAUCUCUUUGAGUGAACUGGUAAAGAGCUAAGCGAUUGAUUGCAACAGCCAGCCAAAUUAAUUCAGUGCAGAUUUAUUGAUGAAAAAUAAAUUAUUUAAAAUAUGUUUUAAAAACUUUUUUCUUUUAUGGUGGAUUGAAUUUAAAUUCGGCUUUUCCUCGAUGCAACC